AUGCAGAUUCUCUCACUCUCCCUCCUGGCCCUGGCCUCCGUGGCUCGUGGUCAGCUGGCCGGCAGUGUCGGUCCCAGCACCAGCGCCAGCGACAAAGGACAGAGCAAGACCUGCAACGUCCAGGACUACGGCGCUAAAGCCGACAAGUCCACCGACAUCGGUCCGGCCAUCGAGUCGGCCUGGGACGAGUGCAAGGAGGGUGGUGUCGUCUAUAUCCCGCCCGGUGACUAUGCGCUGGGAAGCUGGGUCACCUUGACCGGCGGCAAGGGAACCGCCCUGCAGCUGGACGGUAUCCUGUACCGGACUGGCGAUGACGGCGGCAACAUGGUGAUGAUCGAGCACACCAGCGAUUUUGAACUGUUCAGCAGCACGGCACGCGGUGCCAUUCAGGGCUCCGGGUAUGAGUUCCACUCCGACGGCUCGCUGUCGGGACCGCGCAUCCUGCGUCUGUACGAGGUCGAUGAUUUCUCGAUCCAUGAUCUGGCUCUGGUGGAUUCGCCGGCGUUCCAUUUGUCCCUGGAUACCUGCAGCAAUGGCGAGUUGUAUAAUCUGAUCAUCCGCGGAGGCGACUCGGGCGGAUUAGACGGUAUUGACAUCUGGAGUGAGAACAUCUGGGUUCACGAUGUCGAGGUCACCAACAAAGACGAGUGCGUCACCGUCAAGAGUCCCGCGCACAACAUUCUUGUGGAAAACAUCUACUGCAACUGGAGCGGUGGGUGCGCCAUGGGUUCGCUGGGCUCCGACACCAACAUCAGCGACAUCUACUAUCGCAACAUCUACACCUGGCAAUCCAACCAGAUGUUUAUGGUCAAGAGCAACGGCGGCAGCGGCUCCGUUUCCAACUUGCUGUUGGAGAACUUCAUCGGUCACGCCAACGCCUACUCGCUGAAUAUCGACUCGCAGUGGUCCAGCAUGGACGCCGUGGAGGGUGACGGUGUGUCAAUGCAGAACGUCACGGUGCGCAACUGGAAGGGCGGGGAGGAAGAUGGGGCCCAGCGCGGUCCUAUUAAGGUCGUAUGUGCUGCAGGAGCCCCCUGUACGGACGUCACCAUCGAGGGGUUCGCCAUGUGGACCGAGUCGGGCGACCAGCAGUCGUACGUCUGCGAGAACGCCUUUGGCACGGGCGCAUGUCUCGAAAACGGCGACGACUCGACCGCCUCCUACGCAUCGACGGUCGCAGCGACGGCCACUCCGUCCGGGUUCGCGGCGCCCCGCAUGCGGGACGAUCUGACUUCCGCAUUCAGCACGGAUGCCUCCAUCCCCAUUCCCACGUUGCCGGCCUCCUACUUUCCGGGCGUGAAGCCCAUCUCUGCCAGGGCGUCGGGUUCGCUGGUCGCUUCGGCGUCGGCGUCGGUGACUCCCUCAGCGACGCCGUCUGGGUCCGUCUGA